GGCCUUUCCAGGUCUCCUCUUCCAGUGAACCGGAUGCUCCGUCAGUUUCCUCCUCGGCGUCCUCCGGUGCUUCCCGGCUCCCUGACAAGGCCGCAGGCAUCCACGGGGGACGGUCAGGGGGCUCCCGGCGGCUGGCCUGGCAGGUGUAGGGCGCCGGUAGGAGCUGGGCGCACACGGUUACCGAGCGUGGAGGAGACACGUCCCUGCGGCGAUGGGUGCCAGGGGCGCUCCUUCACGCCGGAGGCAGUCGGGGCGGCGACCGCGGUAUCUGCCCACCGGGAGCUUUCCCUUUCUCCUCCUCCUGCUGCUUCUCUGCAUCCAGCUCGGUGGAGGACAGAAGAAAAAGGAGAAUCUUUUAGCUGAGAAAGUAGAACAGCUGAUGGAAUGGAGCUCCAGGCGCUCAAUCUUCCGAAUGAAUGGUGACAAAUUCCGAAAAUUUAUAAAGACACCACCUCGAAACUAUUCUAUGAUUGUUAUGUUCACUGCUCUUCAACCUCAGCGGCAGUGUUCUGUGUGCAGGCAAGCUAACGAAGAAUAUCAAAUACUGGCGAACUCCUGGCGCUAUUCCUCUGCUUUCUGUAACAAACUCUUCUUCAGUAUGGUGGACUACGAUGAGGGGACAGAUGUUUUUCAGCAGCUCAACAUGAACUCUGCUCCUACAUUUAUGCAUUUUCCUCCAAAAGGCAGACCCAAGAGAGCUGAUACUUUUGACCUUCAAAGAAUUGGAUUUGCAGCUGAGCAACUAGCAAAGUGGAUUGCUGACAGAACGGAUGUUCAUAUUCGUGUCUUCAGACCACCCAACUACUCUGGCACCAUUGCUUUGGCCUUGUUAGUGUCACUUGUGGGUGGUUUGCUCUACUUAAGAAGGAACAACUUGGAGUUCAUCUAUAACAAGACUGGUUGGGCCAUGGUAUCUCUGUGUAUAGUCUUUGCUAUGACUUCUGGCCAGAUGUGGAAUCAUAUCCGUGGACCACCAUAUGCUCAUAAAAACCCACACAAUGGACAAGUGAGCUACAUCCAUGGGAGCAGCCAGGCUCAAUUCGUGGCAGAGUCACACAUUAUUCUGCUACUAAAUGCUGCUAUCACCAUGGGGAUGGUUCUUCUAAAUGAAGCGGCAACAUCCAAAGGCGAUGUUGGAAAAAGACGGACUUUUUAAUUAAAUGAAGCCGAGUGGGAUUUGCAUAAAGUGAAUGUUUACCAUGAAGACAAAGUGUUCCUGACAUACUAGUUCAAAUACUUGAGUUCAUUUCCUUGCUGAUUGUGAUAAUCCAGCUGUUUCUUGUACAAUUUUUUUAAACGUGAGUUUUCCUAGUAAACUUAAUUCAUAGACAUGGAUGGUUAAAUUUAAUAUGAAAAGAACAAAGGCAUCAUUGAAGUGUUUUUCAAGCAUAUUAUAUUCACUGUAUGCGAUAGGUUGAAAUAAAUGACAGUGCAGUUAUGAAUUCAUGCUUUUAAACUGUUCACUCACUAGUAAAGAAAACCACAAUGUUAGUAAAGGAAAACUAUGAAAUGUAUCUUAAUUCUUGGGAUUGUACAGAGACAGGUGUAUGCAUGAAAAUAUGUGAUGUACUGAAAAAUUAUACUUUCUGCAGUUUCAGUAUAAAGGACAUGUAUGGUUACAAAUAGUGUUUUGUUCUUAUUCAUCAUAACUAGAUAAAGGAGAUAGGACAGGGAGCUGGAUGAACAGCUCAGAUGCCUACGCUGGGACAUGGAGGUCCUUCCCAGAAUAUAAAUGUAAAGCCAACAUGACUAAAUCAACAUGCCUCAAGGCAUCAGGCAACGAAAGCAACACACCACAACUAGGAAUUAAUUCUUCUCCAACUUUAGAAGUGUCACCCAAGAAUCCAGACUUACAACCACAAAACUAACUCACUAUGGACAUUUUCCCCUUGUGUUAUAUGGAAGAAGCUUGCCAUCAAAACCUUAUUCCCGAACCCAGAUAUAGAUUAGUUAUCCUAAUAUGAGGGACUCAAUGACGCGUUCUUGAAAAUCAAAUAUAGGAGUGUAACCAUUAUUAUGUUUGUAUAUUGUAUUUUAGUUUAUAAAGCACUUUCCCAUAUGUUACGGUAGUUUUUUCUUCACAUCAACCCUGUAAACUGGACAGGAAUUUAGACAGGAAAUGUAAAUUUUAUCUGACUUAUUUAAGUACUGGAAGCUGAAAACCGCAAAGAAAAAAUAGAGCUUGUAACUGGGCUUUCAAACUCUCAAACCUGAAUUUCUAUUUUCUGUGGUGCUUCCUAAAGAAGGAUUUAGAAACAGUUAUUUAGUAAGCUCAAUAAACUUUUUUUUUAGGCUUCGUUAUCUAAUUUUCAUUAAGAUCUUAGUAAUAGACCAUGGAGAACUUUGUUAGUUGAGAGUUCCACCUAUGUAGUCUCAAACCAGGACCCAGGUGUAUAUCCAGUGACCCUACCCAUUGUGUAUCUAUGAAAUUCAGUAAAGAAUUGGAAAUAUAAAAGCCUACAAGGGUAUAUGAAGUUAAAUCCCAGGGCAGUAUGUGUGCUAGCAGGAAGAAAGCUAUCUUUUCAAAACACAAUUAUAUUCAGCAAAAAUUACGAAGUAAAUUCUGAACUAAACGCUAUUACAUAUUCCCAAAAUCUAUUAUUAAAAAUCACAUUCAUUCCCCUAGUUCCUGUUCACAGAUUGAUAAAUUCAGUAUUGGAAUGGCAUUUAUGGAAAAGCCAUUAAGUGAUCAUAAUAAUUUGUUUAAUGUCUACACCUAGGGAGCAUUUGACCUAUAAAUCUUAAUCCAUUUAGUACUUUUCUGUUUUCUAAAGUUUAUUCAGUACAAACAUCAAAAUUGGAGUUUGAGGCCAAGUUUUACGUCGAGUAAAUGUUUAUUAAUUACAGUUGCUUAUGUCUGUCCCCUUAAAGCUCAAAAUUCUUAUUAACAACACACAUCUAAUCUCUCUGUAUAAAGCCUAAUAAAAUGUUUAAUCAUGACCACAGAGAGUUCUCAGACACUGUGACUGAGGUAAGGAAAACUUCCCUAUCUCAGAUUAGUAAAAAAAAUUCUAGCCUACAUUCUGUAAUUUUCUCCAAAUAUUAAAAAUACGCCAACUAUGAAAACAAUUUUUUUUUCAGAAUUUCAGUUUAAAAAGAUGUGGCUUCUCUAUAGACAAUUGUUGCAUUAGGGAAAGGGAAAAAUCUGCCUUAAAAUAAGUUGUUACUGGAAAGUGCUACAGAGAGUGGCUCAAAUGUAGUUUGCUUUCAGAAUGUAGCAUGUGGAAAAUCACAUACAAAAUAUAUUAUCUUUACCUUUCCCAAAUAUUUUAAAUUGAAAAAUUAAUUUGUAUGUGCUAUGUUAUAUCCUCCAAUGUCACUUCAGCUAGAUUCACUGCAUGCAAGACUCCCUUAAAAAUGUAUUAUAUGUUUAACGAUCUCCAGUUAGAAUAAGAGGAAUUAACUUUCCUACUUAGUUGGAGAGAAAAAUCUUAAUAUAAAAUUCCAUCUAAAGGAGUAAAAUUCCAUUUAAAUCUUAAUAUAAAAAUUUCAUCUAUAAUAACAUCUGAUGAAUAAAGUGUUCCAUUUUCCUUAGCACACUCUUCCUUGCAUCAGAUAUUCACAAGAAUAAGCCCAAUAGUGCUGUGUGUUUACUAUAAUUUUUUUUUUUUUUUUAGCACAUGAAGUAAUAUCCUUGUCAGUUACAGUUCAGCAAGCAUGGUAAUUUGGGGAGAUGAGAUCUUGUCACCAAAGAGCUUGCCAAGUAUUCCCUUUCUUGCUGUCAUGAGAACCUCUCUAAGGAUACAUGAAGGGAGUGGUUAUUCUAAAUAAGGCAUGACAUACCAAAGAUGAUAAACAUCAUGUUUUAAGAAGGACUGGUGACAGGGGCAAACACAUUAGCUGUAGCAUUUAGGCACAAAACAUUUGAGUGGCCUCUCGGAAACUUAAUGAACUCCGUGGGCUCUGAGGAACAUUAAGUUUAAAACAUUAAAACAAGAUGCUUUUCAUACGCCAGCAGGAAGCUAUACUGGGUCUGACCAAUAAUCUAAUAGUACUUUUUCUAAUAGUGGGAAAGGAUGAGCAUAGUAGCUAGUUACACUCAAAGGGCAGAAGUAUGUACAUAUAA